AUGCGGCUGGACCUUGAUGGGCUGGACGUCUUCUUCCCAUAUGACUUCAUGUAUCCAGAGCAGUAUGACUACAUGCUCGAGCUAAAGCGAUCCCUGGAUGCCAAAGGUCACUGCUUGCUAGAGAUGCCCACAGGCACCGGGAAGACCGUCUGCCUAAUCUCUCUUAUCACCUCCUACCAGUUUGCCCACCCGGAGGUGGGCAAGCUCAUCUACUGCACCCGCACGGUGCCCGAGAUGAUGAAGUGUAUCGAGGAGCUCAAGAGAGUCAUCGGGUACAGAAAGGACCAGCUUGGACCGGAAGGGGAGAAGGUGCUAGCGCUUUGCCUGAGCUCCCGUCGAAACCUGUGUAUUCACGAGCGAGUGAUCGAGGAGAGCGACAGGGAGGCCGUCGACGGGGCCUGCCGAGACAUGACCGCUAGCUGGGUCAGGAAGAAGGCGGAAGCAGGGGGCGGAGGGGAGCUGUGCGAGUUCUUUGAGGGCUACUCGGCGAACGGCAGCGACGCCGCGAUGCCGAACGGGAUCUACAGCCUCGACGACCUGAAGGAGUUCGGCAAGGAGAAGGGUUGGUGCCCCUACUUUUUGGCGAGGCACAUCAUCAACCACGCCAACGUGCUGGUGUACAACUACCAGUACAUGCUGGACCCGAAGGUUGCCGGCAUGGUGUCCCGCGAGCUGGAGGCGGAGAGCGUGGUGGUCUUUGACGAGGCGCACAACAUCGACAACGUGUGCACCGAGGCUCUCAGCGUAGAUCUCGACAAGCGGAGCCUCGAUGCCGCUUCCAGGUGCCUUGGGAAGAUUUCAUCCAAGGUGGCCGAGAUGAAACGAACGGACCAAGCAAGGCUCAAUGCGGAGUACCAACGCCUGGUCAGCGGCCUCGCAGACUCGGGCUUGGGCCGAGCGAGCGGGGGCGUAGCCGGCAGCGCUGCGGGCGCGGGGGGUGCCGCCGCUGCUGGCGGCGGCGGCGGCGGAGCAGCGGGAGCGGGGGCUAGCGCCGGCAGCGGCGGCGGUGCGACGGAGGUGGCAGCGGCGGCGGACGCGAUUCCGGCUAACCCGGCGCUUCCCGCCGAUAUCUUGCAGGAGGCGGUGCCCGGUAACAUACGAAGGGCGGAGCAUUUCGUGUCGUUCAUGCGAAAGGUCGUGGAGCACUUCAAGACGCGCGUGCGCGUGCAGAGCGUCGAGUCGGAGACACCUCUGGCGUUCGUCCACCGCAUGCAGCAGGUGACGGCGCUGGAGAGGAAGCCGCUCAAGUUCGCCUACUCCCGACUGAACUCGCUCCUGCGAACGUUGGAGGUCACGGGGCUGGACGACUUCCGCCCCCUUGUCGACGUGGCAGACUUCGCUACGUUGGUGGGCACGUACACGGAAGGCUUCGCAGUGGUGAUAGAGCCUACCGGGAGCGUGGUCCCCGGUGUUUACGAGCCCGUGAUGCGGCUGGCGUGCCUCGACGCGUCCCUCGCUAUCCGGCCCGUCUUCGAGCGCUUCGCUUCGGUGGUGAUCACGUCGGGAACCCUGUCUCCUCUCGACCUGUACCCCAAGCUGCUGGGUUUCAGCCCCGUGGUUCGGACGGCGUUGUCGAUGUCCACCGUGCGGAAGUGUAUCUGUCCCCUGGUCGUCACGAGGGGGUCGGAUCAGCUCCCUAUGAGCACCAAGUUCGACCAGAGAGACGACCCGUCUGUCGUCAGAAACUACGGGGCUCUGAUGAUCGAGCUGGCCGCGAUCGUUCCCGAUGGCGUCGUCUGCUUCUUUACCAGUUACAGCUACAUGGAAAUGAUCGUGUCGAAGUGGGACGAGCUUGGCGUGCUGAAGAGAGUCCUCGAAAAGAAGUUAAUCUUCAUCGAGACAAAGGACGUGGUGGAGACGACGCUUGCCCUGGACAACUUCAAGCGUGCGUGCGACUGCGGGAGAGGGGCGAUUUUUCUUUCCGUCGCCAGGGGAAAGGUGGCGGAGGGUAUCGAUUUCGACCGGCAUUACGGCCGUGCGGUGGUGAUGUUCGGGGUGCCCUUUCAGUACACCCUCAGCCACGUGCUGAGGGCAAGGCUGGAGUACUUGAGGUCUACCUUUCAGAUUCGGGAGGGGGACUUCUUGACUUUCGACGCCAUCCGGCAGUGCGCGCAGUGCAUCGGGCGCGUCAUCCGCAGCAAGACCGACUACGGCCUGGUCAUCCUCGCCGACUCCCGUUAUAACCGGCACGACAAGAGAUCUAAGUUGCCGGGAUGGGUUCUGCAGUUCCUUGAUGAGACACACCUCAACAUGUCGGCGGACAACGCGGCGGCGAUGGCGAGGAUGUUCCUUAAGGACAUGGCCCAGCCGCUGGACCCUCUCCGACUCAAGGGCACCAUGCUGGACACCAAGAAGGUGGCCGCCAGAAAUCGUGAAAAGACCGGGAAAGAGCAGAGAAAUGCCUCGGAGCUGAACCCGUCGGCCGCCGCGGCGGCGGGGGGCGGGGGCGCGGUGGAUGGCAUGGAGAUCGAGUAGUUGUUCGGGGAGGCGAUGGCGCGGUCACUUGCAGUGCGGCUGUAGCGGGGGGGGCUUUCGUUGUGUAUGGGCGAUCGUUUUUUCAAGACCGCCCGGGAGACGUUUGAG